AUGGAGCCCCUCUCAGUUGCUCCCCACAAAGGGUGCAUUUCCUGGAAGCAAGUACUACUCACAGUCUCACUUAUAAUCUUCUGGAGCCUGCUCAUCACAGCCCAGAGCACUGUUGAAUCAGUGCCCUUCAAUGCUACUGAAGGGAAGGAUGUUCUUCUACUUGUCCACAACCUUUCAGUAGAUGCCUUCAGCUAUAGCUGGUACAAAGGGAAACGUUUAGACACAGAAGAUCAAAUGGCAGCAUAUGCAAUACAAACUCAAUCAAAUAUUUCAGGGCCUGCCUACAACGGUAGACAGACAAUAUAUUCCAAUGGGUCUCUGCUCUUUCAGAAUGUCACUCUGAAAGACACAGGAAUCUACACACUACAAAUAACAAAGACAAAUGGUCUGCUUGAGACAUUAACUGGACAGAUCCGUGUAUACUCGGAGAUACUCAGACCCUUCAUCACAAGCAACAACUCCAACCCCAUGGAAGACAAGGACUCUGUAACUUUGACAUGUGAACCAAACUACCAGAACACAACCUAUCUGUGGUUGAUAAACAAUCAAAACCUCCCAGACAGCACCAGAUUGGAGUUGACUAUGGAUAACAGAACUCUCACUAUAUAUAGUGUCACAAGGAAUGACACAGGACCCUAUGUGUGUGGAACCUGGAGUCCAGUGAGUGCCCAUCAUAGUGACCCGUUCACUCUGAAUGUUCUCUAUGGCCCGGACACUCCUACAGUUUCCCCAUCACAUUCAUAUUACCCUCCAGGAGCCACACUCAACCUUUCCUGCCAUGUGGCAUCCAACCCACCUGCACAGUAUUCUUGGUUUAUCAAUGGGAGUCUCCAGAAACACAUACAAAAGCUCUUUAUUCCCAACAUCGGGGCAAAAGAUAGUGGAUGCUACACCUGUCUUGUCCACAACCCUGCCACUGGCAUCAGCAGAACCAAGGUUAAGAUGAUCACAGUCUCUGAGUUGGUAACAAAACCCACCAUCCAAGCCAGCAACAUCACAGUCACAGAACAUGAAGGCCCCGUAGUCCUGAAAUGCUUGGCCAAACACAAUGACAUCUCCAUCCAGUGGGUCUUCAAAGGGCAGAGCCUGAGGCUCACAGAGAGGAUGACUCUGUCCCAGGAUAACAGCUCCCUCACCAUAGACUGCGUCAAGAGGGAGGAUGCUGGGAAUUAUCAGUGUGAGGUCUUCAAUCCUGUCAGUUUCAGCAAAAGUGACCCCCUCACCCUGACUGUAAAAUAUGAUGAGUCUGAAGUAGGCUGGGACAUCUCUGAUGGAGUCAUCGCUGCCAUAGUGAUUGCAGUCACUGUCGGGAUGCUUUUGGCUAUCCCUAAGCCAGGAGAGUUGGUAACAAAACCCACCAUCCAAGCCAGCAACAUCACAGUCACAGAACAUGAAGGCCCCGUAGUCCUGAAAUGCUUGGCCAAACGCAAUGACAUCUCCAUCCGGUGGGUCUUCAAAGGGCAGAGCCUGAGGCUCACAAAGAGGAUAACUCUGUCCCAGGAUAACAGCUCCCUCACUAUAGACUGCAUCGAGAGGGAAGAUGCUGGGAAUUAUCAGUGUUCAUAUUACCCUCUGGAAAACAUUCUCAACCUCUCCUGAUGCCAAACAUUCAAUCCACCCACAUAGUAUUCUUGGCUUAUCAAUGGGAGUCUCCAGCAAGCCAUACAAGAACUUUCUAUCCCCAACAUCAGGGGAAAACAGAGUGGACACUACACCUCUUAUCAUAACCCUGCCACUGGCCUCAGUAGAACCAAGGUCAAGACUAUCACCAUCUCUGGGGAGCUAUCCAUACCCUUCAUCAUCAGCAACAACUCCAACCCUGUGGAGAACAAGGACCUUGUAACUUUGAAAUGUGAACCAGAGACUCAGGACACAACCUACGUGUGGUUGAGAAACAAUCAGAGCCUCCCAGACAGUACCAGGGUGGAGCUGUCCAUGGACAACAGAACCCUCACUAUAAACAAAGUCACAAGGAAUGAAUCGGGACUCUAUGAAUGUAAAACCUGGAACCCAGUGAGUGCCCGCCGUAGUGGCCCGUUCACCCUGAAUGUUCUCUAUGGCCCAGACACUCCCACCAUUUCCCCCUCAGACUUGUAUUACACUCCUGGGGAAACCCUCAACCUCACCUGCUAUGCUGCCUCUAACCCACCUGCACAGUAUUCUUGGCUUAUCAAUGGGAGCAACCAGCAAUUCACCCAGCAGCUCGUUAUCUCCAAAGUCACUGUAAAUGACACUGGAAGCUAUACUUGUCAUGUCUCUAACAAUGCCACUGGCCUCAACAGGACCACAGUCACCAAUAUCACAGUCUUUGAGCAGCUGACAAUGCCCACCAUCAAAGCCAGCAACGUCACAGUCGCAGAAAAUACAGGCCCUGUGGUCCUGACGUGUGACACCAAACACAAGGAAAUUUCCAUCAGAUGGUUCCACAAUGGACAAAUCCUACGGCUCGGGAAUAAUAAGAAGCUGUCCCAGGACAACCGCACCCUCACCAUCAACCUCGUGGAAAGGAAUGAUAAUGGGGAUUAUCAGUGUGAGGUCUUCAACCCAGUCAGUUACCGCAAAAGUGAACCCCUCAUCUUGACUUUAAGAGAUGAUUGCAAUGUAGAAAGUUCUGGCCUCUCCGCGGGGGCCAUUGCCGGCAUCGUGAUAGGAGUACUGGCCGGAGUGGUUCUCAUAGCAGCCCUGGUGUACUUUCUGAUUAACAGAAAAUCUAGAGGUAGACAUUCGCCCUCGGGGCUGAAGGCGGUGGUGGGGGAAAGUGAGUGUCCGCUAGGGACCCCGGGAAGCUGGGACCGGGGCGCACGGGCUCAUCGGAGACCGGCGGCGGGGAAAUCGAGGCUGGGCUGGAUGUCCAAAGUCCUGGAUCCUAGAGGGGGCGGGCUAGGGCCUGGUCCUACCUGGCCACCCAGCUUUCCAGGGCCAUAA